AUGCCUCCCAGAUUACCGUUUCUCUCGGCCGCCAAGGCCCCGAGUGCCUUCAUGGCCCGGAUUGCACGACCUUUCUCGUCGACUCCCGUCGUCACCCAGCCCUCUGACCCGAUCUCGAAUCUCCUGAACCUCGACGAAAAGCCCCAGGUGCACUCGGCUGACCGCAUCCGUGGCAUCAUCAACAAGAGCGGCAAAGCGCGCAUGGAGGGAGUUGCCGCGCGCAAGCGCACCAUGCUUGAGUCUCUCCGCGAGAAGAAGAUCAGCGACGACUACAUUAAGCAAAUGCCGCGCCGCUGGCGCGCCGGUGAAGUCUACGCACCGCACGACCUGAGCCCCGUUGAGAUGGAGAAGUGGCGCAAGUCGAAGCGACCCAAUGUCGAUGUGAUUGAUCUCCUGGGCAUCAACCCUCUGGAUCACUACAGAAAUUUCUCCAUGAUAUCCGAGUAUAUGACUUCGUUCGGACAGAUUGAGCACUCCAAGAACACGGGACUGCGGCCAGUGAACCAGCGAAGGAUUGCCAAGGCCAUCAGGAGAGCGAUUGGCAUGGGUAUCCACCCUAGUGUGCACCAUCAUCCCGAGCUGUUGAGAAAGAGAUUCCGUCUUAACGCGUCAUGGAAGUAG